GCACCAAAACUGGAAACUUGAGUGUUCCAGUAAGGUCUAGAAGUGGAGCACCUGUGUUGGCCAUGACACCAUUUCUCGCAGCUUCUGGUUCUUUCUCGCAUUUGCUUAAUUCUUUUUGGGACACAUACUUCUCUUCACUCAGCUUCAGGUUGGCUUCAUUGGCUUCAUUCACCUCCCUACUCCCUCUCAUCAUUUUUCUGAAUCAAGGAUGGCAGAACCUGCAUAUACCGUCGCAUCCGACAGCGAGACCACCGGAGAGGAAAGAACAUAUACUUUACCCGAAAUAGCAAUUGGAAUUGACAUUGGCACAUCACAAUGCAGUAUUGCAGUGUGGAAUGGUUCCCGAGUGGAGCUUUUGAAGAACACAAGGAACCAGAAGAUUAUGAGAUCAUAUGUAACCUUCAAAGAUGACAUCCCUUCCGGUGGAGUCAGCAGUCAACUCUCCCACGAGGGUGAGUUGUUGUCCGGAGCCACAGUUUUUAACAUGAAACGCUUGAUCGGCAGAGUUGACACUGACCCUGUUGUCCAUGCAAGCAAGAAUCUCCCAUUUCUGGUGCAGACAUUGGACAUUGGUGUUCGCCCGUUUAUUGCUGCAUUGGUGAACGAUAUGUGGAGAUCCACCACUCCGGAAGAAGUGCUGGCAAUAUUUCUGGUGGAACUAAGAGCACUGGCUGAAGCUCAGGUGAAAAGGCCAAUAAGGAAUGUGGUUCUUACAAUUCCUGUUUCAUUCAGUCGAUUUCAGCUUACGCGCAUCGAGCGUGCUUGCGCAAUGGCUGGCCUUCAUGUGCUCAGGCUGAUGCCCGAACCGACAGCCGUGGCUUUGCUAUAUGCGCAGCACCAACAGCAGGCUUCUCAUGAGAAUAUGGGCAGUGGAAGUGAGAAAAUUGCUCUCAUUUUCAACAUGGGUGCUGGUUAUUGUGAUGUUGCUGUGACAGCUACUGCUGGAGGAGUUUCUCAGAUAAAAGCCUUGGCUGGAAGUACAAUUGGUGGAGAAGACUUGCUUCAAAAUAUGAUGCGUCAUCUCUUGCCUGAUUCUGAAAACAUAUUCAAGAGUCACGGGGUCAAAGAAAUUGAAUCAAUGGCAUUGCUUCGGGUUGCAACCCAGGACGCAAUUCACCGGCUUUCCUCCGACAACAAUGUCCAGGUUGAUGUAGACUUGGGAAAUGGGGUGAAGAUAAACAAGGUUGUUGAUAGGGAGGAGUUUGAGGAAGUAAAUAGGAGCGUGUUCGAGAAGUGCGAAAGCUUAAUUAUUCAGUGUUUGCAGGAUGCAAGAGUAGAAGUUGAGGAUGUAAAUGAUGUGAUCAUAGUUGGUGGAUGUUCUUAUAUCCCAAGGGUGAAGAAUCUUGUUACUAACAUCUGUAAGGUAAAGGAACUUUACAAAGAUAUGAAUCCUUUGGAAGCUGCAGUUUGUGGUGCAGCGGUGGAAGGAGCGGUUGCUUCAGGCAUCAAUGAUCCCUUUGGGAACUUAGACUUGUUAACCAUUCAGGCCACACCUCUGGCAAUCGGAAUUCGAGCUGAUGGAAACAAUUUUGUCCCUGUAAUCCCCAGGAAUACUACAAUGCCUGCAAGGAAGGAGCUUGUUUUCACUACUGUUCAUGACAAUCAAACUGAGGCAUUGAUUCUUGUGUAUGAAGGUGAGGGGAAUAAGGCAGAAGAAAAUCACUUGUUGGGGUAUUUCAAGAUAAUGGGAAUACCGGCUGCGCCGAAAGGAGUGCCUGAAAUCAAUGUGUGCAUGGACAUUGAUGCGGCGAAUGUGCUGCGAGUUUUAGCCGGUGUUGUGAUGCCUGGAUCACGCCAGCCUGCAAUUCCUGUUAUGGAAGUGAGGAUGCCUACAGUGGAAGAUGGACAUGGUUGGUGUGCUGAGGCCCUGAAUAGAAACUACGGUGCUACAUUGGAUUUGGUUACUAUCCAGAAGAAGGCAUAAAAUGAUAAACAUCCUUGUACCAUUUUAGCUGCGUUGUUUUCAUGUGUUUCAGGCGAUACAAGUUAUGUAACUCCAUAGUGUAUGUGGUUGGUACUUGAAAAGUUAUGUAAAUAAAAUCAACAAUAAUCCCCAUAAUACGUGUCAUAUAUAAGCCUUUAGUUCUGGACUGGUUCCUUUGGAAAUAAGGAUCACCUAGUUGUGUAUGUAAAUACAAAUUAAGUUGCAUGGUUUAGUGACCACACGCCAUCCUUGUCUUA